AUGAGUCGUUCCCCUUCAUUUUCAGUGAAGUCAGAAUUUAGUCCAAAGCUUGAUCCAGAAUCUUUGCAGCAAUGGGUUGUGGCCUUUUGUAUCAUCAGGUUUGAUCUUGAACAGGGUCAGCUUAUUGAAGAGUGUUAUCCACCUGGUUGUCUUACGCAAGAUGAGGAGCUUGAAAUUGCUUUCAGUUCGUUCCCAGAUUCUGUGUCCCAGCAUCAGAAUCGCUCAAGCAUUCAUGACUGUAUAUUCUUUUUCCGGUUUCAAAGGCGGGAACGUCCUCAAGUUGACAAUGUGUCUUCCACUGAGAGUGAUAAGAAGUUACCUACAAAUUCCCCGGAUGUAAAACCCCCAAGAAGUUCAAAAAGCAACAACAGUUCUGAUACUUCGAGAUACAUGUAUGGUUAUGUCUUUAAUCGACAGAGACACGAUGAGAGGCUGAAACGAGGUGGGGAGCAGAAGUCAGUGGUAAUUUUGUCACACAGUCCUUUCUCUAGUGUGUUUAGACCUUUGUUACAAAUUAUGGGUCCUCUAUAUUUUGACAUUGGAAGGAAGGCUCUUGAGCACAUUGCUGCUUAUGUUUCAAUGUGGCCAUGUCCUGUACCUGGUAAGCUGAUGGAGCUUCCUAUUGGGAAUGCUGCUUUGAAAGUGAACUUGCCACCUGCGCAUUGCUUGCCCUCAGAAAGUGGGAUGUUGUUUGAAGAAUCUGCAUCCUCUAUGGCUCCUUUCCUUCCUAAUAAUCAGUCAGUCCCACAGGGUCUUUUUCAUGACUCGGAUCUAUUCGCCAUCUUUAGGGGUCUAUUGUUACAGCUUUGGGUUUUGUGGGAGUUGUUACUUAUUGGUGAGCCCAUUCUUGUCAUAGCUCCAACUCCUCCACAAUGUUCUGAGGCUGUUGCUGGUCUUGUGAGCUUGGUUGCACCUCUACUUUAUAGUGUUGAUUUUAGACCUUAUUUCACCAUUCAUGACCCUGAAUUUGCCCAGCUCAACUCGCUUCAGGAAGGAGACACUUUUCCUCCUAUGAUUUUGGGUGUCACUAACCUCUUUUUCCUUAAAUCUCUCCGUAAUAUGCCCCACAUUGUUUCAGUUGGAAGCCCUGCUCCUAAUACAAACCGGCUUGCUUUUUCUAGUAGGUCCUCUACGGGAAGACUUUCCGGUAGACCAGAAGGGUUUGGUCUUCAACAGCUUUCCCUUAAAAGAUUUUCUCCUUCAAACUUGUUGAAUGCCGUCAAGUUGAGGAGAGAUGGUCCUCUUUGUCUCAUGACAGAGCAUAAGGAAGCCAUUUGGAGCACUUAUGCUGCAACAACUAAGCCAGACACUUCUAUCUUAAAUAGGCUUAUAGAUGCUGGGAUGUCACCACGGGUUGAGGAAUCAAUGUCAGUUGUUAACAAUGAGAUACUGCGGCGUCAUUUCUUGGAGCUCACCACCAACUUUUUGGCGCCUUUUGGCCCAUAUUUUAAGACUAGAACACCUUCAGAAGGUUCUUCUCCUUUUGUAGACCCUCCUCCCCUCACUCCAUUUAAUGAUGAUGAAUUUCUGGCAAGUUUAUCAGCAAGAGGACCUGGGAAGUUUUUAUCAAAAAGGAUGAGAUCAAACUGGCUGGACUUAUACAGGCGGUUUCUGCAAGGGCCCAACUUUGCACCAUGGUUUCAAAGAAGGCGUACUGUUGCUGAACAAGAGCAACAUAGACUAUGGAAGCAGGCGAGAAUUAACACUGAUAUACAUCAGUUAAUAUCUAAUAUGUCGGAAUUGGAAGUUGUUGAUUCCUUCGAUGCUAUUGAGAGACAUAUUCUUGGAGAAACACAGCAAUCUGGAAAUGAUGGCUCAGAUAGCACAGGCUCUACUGCGACUUUCCAAAAGCUAAAGGGAGAUCUGCAGGCAGUUUUUAAUGUGCUUCCCAAGGAUGUGCAACAACUCCUACUUCUUAACCCAGAAAGGGCAGCACUUCUGAAAGGGACCUCUGAAGAUACCAAACUCCCUGGGCUCGCACCUAUACAAAUUGGAUUGCCAACUUCACCAAGGUAGCAUGCAAAAAUGUCUCGGAAUCUGUAUCGACGACCUGCUGUCAAAGGACUGGCCUUGUGAUUGAUCUGAAGCUUCCUUGUGUUACUGAGCUGAGAGCAUAUUCCCCCGACUUAAAGUACUAUUUUGACCAGCCGUUCAAGAAAUCAAGGAUUUGUCAUACAAGUCGUCCCUUUCCCAGCACCACUCAAGAGGAUUUCUCUUCUUUUCAACCUAGAAGCAGCUUUGGUGCUUAUAA